UGGUCCCAGUGAAAAUCAGGGGAGCGGAUUGGGAGGGAGACUGGAAAGGGAAGAGAUAGGGCAGCGGUUUCAGUCUCCGCCUGUCGCUAGCAAAGAGCAAGGCAUGCUCAGUAGAAGCCAGCAUCGGCUAGAGAGCAGGCUGCUGCGACUCUCCUCCGCCACCCCCUGCCUCUCGUUUUUUGCGUCAGACUCCUGUUCCAGAGUGGGAGGGGUGGCGGCCGCGGAGGGGGGUCUGAGAAGGAACCACGCACGGUUUGCUCGGGGGAAGAGCCGAAAGGCUGCUGGGGCGGAGGGGCAGGCGAGCGAGCGCCUUGGAACGCUGAGCUGGCCGGUGGAACGUUGGCGCGUCUCUUUCCGAGCGGUGCUCCACUUUGGAACGUUGGCGGUUUCCUGCGGCGCGGAGGAGGCGAGGCCGGAGCUGGCUCUCUAAGGAGACGCGGCUCCAGGGAGACCGACUUGUUGUGCUGAGUCCCAUUGGCGGGGGCCCCGGCGGGGUUUCGGUGAGCGAUCAGCUCGGCGCCCGCAGUUCGAUGGUUUGUUCCGACCGAGAUGAGCCGCCCGUCCUCCGCCGGACCCAGUGCUAACAAACCCUGCGGCAAGCAGCAGCAGCAGCAGCACACUCCAUCCCCGGCUGCUGCCCCCGCCGCUGCCGCCACCACCACCGCCGCCGCCACCAUCUCGGCUGCCGGAGCCGGCUCCUCCGCGGUCCCUGCCGCGGCCGCUGUGAUCUCGAGCCCUGGCGGGGAAGGCAGUGGGGGGCCGGUCUCGCCUCAGCACCACGAGCUGACCUCGCUUUUCGAGUGCCCCGUUUGCUUCGACUAUGUGCUCCCCCCGAUCCUGCAGUGCCAGGCCGGGCACCUGGUGUGCAACCAAUGCCGACAGAAGCUGAGCUGCUGCCCCACGUGCAGGGGAUCCCUGACCCCCAGCAUCCGGAACCUGGCCAUGGAGAAAGUGGCCUCGGCCGUUCUCUUUCCUUGCAAGUAUGCCACCACAGGCUGCUCUCUGACCCUCCAUCAUACGGAAAAGCCAGACCACGAAGACAUUUGUGAAUACCGCCCUUACUCCUGCCCGUGUCCUGGCGCCUCAUGCAAAUGGCAGGGUUCGUUGGAAGCUGUCAUGUCCCACCUCAUGCACGCCCACAAGAGCAUCACCACGCUUCAAGGAGAAGACAUUGUCUUCCUCGCCACAGACAUUAACUUGCCAGGGGCCGUCGACUGGGUGAUGAUGCAGUCUUGCUUCGGUCACCAUUUCAUGCUGGUGCUGGAGAAGCAGGAGAAGUACGAGGGCCACCAGCAGUUCUUUGCCAUUGUCUUGCUCAUCGGAACUCGCAAGCAAGCAGAGAACUUUGCGUACAGACUAGAACUGAACGGCAACCGGCGGAGGCUGACUUGGGAGGCUACGCCGCGGUCCAUCCAUGACGGUGUGGCAGCGGCCAUCAUGAACAGCGACUGUCUUGUGUUUGACACUGCCAUAGCACACCUUUUUGCAGACAAUGGGAACCUUGGAAUCAAUGUGACUAUUUCUACGUGUUGUCCGUGAUAUUUCUGUGUAAUUCGUGAGACUGUAUGUGUGUCUGGACAUUGUGCUUUUACAUUUCCCUGAUGGUUUUUAAAAUGGCACUCAGUGAUGUCUUCAUAACUAGUAGGGUUCUUACUUUGCCUACCUUUUUGUAACAUUUCCCCCCCUCCCCUGGGAGUUUUAAAGGCGUGGUUAACAGGACCCAUUAAGCUGAUGUAAGAUGAGUUUGUCCUGUUAAUCUGAAAGGAAGAAAAGGAAUUUAUUUUUAAGCAGUCCUGUUGGGUGCAUUUUAGAGCGGGAAACAAUUCCCUUUUCUUGAAAAGCAGUGCGGUGGAGUGUCCCAUCAGAGAGAGAUCCCCAGUGCUAAAAGAAGCAGUUUACAUCUGCAGUAGAAUGAAGUGGUAGAUGGUAAAAUGGACCAAACCACUUCGGGCUGCAGCUGGGGAACAUCAUUUUUGAAUGCUCCUCUACAUAACCCCUUGUAAGUAAGAACCUAGCACAUUAAAGAAAGUGGUUCUAGGCCCAGCAGUGUCCCUGCUGUACUAAGGUUUUGUUGGUUUACUUACAGGGAACAUUUUAAGUGGGGGGUGGGGGACAUUUAAAAACCUGACGAUCAUUCACCUGCAGUCUGAAGUGGUGCAGUCCACUCUACUACUUCAGGACCCUACCAGCCCAUUUUGCUGCAUUUGUAGAUGAGGCUGUGCAAAUUGCCUCUUGACGUUCUCCAUUAAUUUUUUAAGGUGGGAUUGGGAGGCUUUGCUUUACUUUUUAAAAUUAUGAGACGGCAUGACAGUGACCCAGAAACAAAAUGUAUGCCAUCCCUUUGUUGGUCUGCUUCAGUUUUUUUUGUUUUUGUUUUUCAAGAAUAGGUUUGCCCUCUGACAGAUAUCAACUCCAUCGACCUUCAAAAUGUUUGACCCUCUACAAACCCACAUCAGCACAAACCCAUUUUCAGCAAGAGCUGAAGAGGUCAACACUUCUGUGAGGGUGGCUGCUAGGGCGUGGGGUUACAAACCCAAGAUGUUUUUGAGCAGUUAAAACUAGGACCCGCCUAUAAAUAUAUCCAGGUUGUUUACAUGUGGCUUACUUUCGAGAAGACAUACUUGACAUUGUAAAGACUGACAAAUAACAUAAGGAAAAGUGUUGUGGCCUGUGUCUUGUCCCUUUUAUUUUUAUUUUUUUAAGCUAUUUAAGGGUUUUUUGGGGGUGGUUGUUGCCAUAUUUACUCUAGUUUUUUAAAUAAAUAUUUUGCAAAAAUAAA